GCAUGGGUGGAUGCUGCCCGGGUUGCUGUGCUGGAUGCUCGCUGGUUCUUGAGAAAACUGAGCACCCCAGAGCAAGACAAGGCCAACGGGCAGCAUGGAGCUUCCCAGUUACAGCAAGCAGUUGCUGCAGCAGCUGCAUGCCCUCUGCAAAGAGCAGCAGUUCUGCGACUGCACCAUCUUCAUCGGGACCGUGCAUUUUAGAGCACACAAGGUUGUUCUGGCUGCUUCCAGUCUGCUUUUUAAGUCCUUGUUGAGUAGCACGGACACCAUCUCCAUAGAUGCUUCUGUGGUCACUCCGGAGGAGUUUGCACUUUUGCUGGAGAUGCUGUACACUGGUAAACUCCCACUGGGGAAACACAACUUCACCAAGGUCAUCUCUGUGGCAGACAGUCUGCAGAUGUUUGAUGUGGCUGUUAGUUGCAAAAACCUCCUCAGAGAGCUCAUCAGUUGCUCGACUCGGGACCAGGUAGUGAGAGGUGUCUCCAGCCAGGUCACAGACUCAUCUGUAAGCAAUAUUGAAGCUAAUAAUCCACCCCAAUUUGAGAAACCUCCUUCUGAAGUAAAACCAGAUACCCUUCUGCCUCAGAAAACUCCCUCUUCUCCUGGUCCUGUAGAAGUAGAAAUGGAAGCAGAUGUUUCUGGCCAAGAGCUUGCUGUGAAUCACGCUUUGGUUCAUCAGGAUGUAAUGCCAAGUGACCCCAAAUCCCUCGGGGAAGAGUCAAGUGCUCGUUCAGAUCCCCGUUGCCAUGCGGAGCAGGACAGCUAUGUGGAAGAGGAGAUUGCUGAGCCUCUGGAGAAAAGAGGAAGAAUUGAUGAUUUAGCACCAGAGAGCAAAAGCUGUAAACUGGAUUUCUUUCUUCAGUAUGAAAGUGUUUUCUCUGAGGCCCUGUCUGAUGUUCAGACCGUGCUGAAGAGACUAGAAGAGUACCAAGAAAUUGAUGCCUCUCAAAGGGAGGCACUGGUGGCCUGUUUGGAAGAUAUGGAAGAAGAGUCAGUGUUUAAGAAACUCCUGGACAAAGUGAAGGAGGAGCAGAGCCUGGAUGCUCAAACCCUCGUGUCUUUCCUGAAGCUGUUUCAAGACACGAAUCCCCAGCUAAAAGCAGCCCUCUCAGAGAGUGAACUGGACGGUGGAGAAGCCCUGCAGCAAACAGAAAGCCCAGGAGAGGGAAAGACCCUGGCUGAUCUUCUGCUGGAUUGCAGGGGAGAGCUGAUCGAGAGCAUAACACGGUUGAGCCCCAUCACAGAGUUCCUGGCAACGGCAGAGGAGGGAUUCCUGACCGCGCUGGAGAAGCGGAUAGUUCUGGAUUGCUGUGAAGGCAGCUCUCACAGGGAGGCCAUGGAGAAGCUCCUUAAAAAGGUGGAUGAAGAGAAAACCCUGAAAGCUGAAAGCUUGAUCAAACUCCUUGCGGCUGUGAAAGGAUCAUUUCCUGGUCUCCACCUUCUGCUAGACAACUUGGUGGCAACAGCAGCUGCUUCUGAUGCCAAAGGCCAGUGGAACCCAGAGGAUUAUGGAGCCAAACUUUUGAGACGAUAUCAAGGAAACUUUGCGGAGCUUCUCACGGAUACCCCGGUGCUGCUGCAAGGGAUCUCUGCUGCACAGAACCUAGCUCCUGGUGAGAGAGAGGUAAUGGAACAGAUCGUGAAGCGCGAGACUGGCUCAGGUGGCUUCGUCUCGCUGGUGUCCGCGGCGCUUGAUGAACAGUCUCUGUCAGCGUCUGCUGUUUGGCAGCUCCUCCUGGCUAUGCGAGAGGCCGAAUUUCCCCUGAACGUGCUCAUGCAGGAGAUCCAGAAGGAACCGGGCGCAGAUUUCUUCUUCCAAGCAGUGGCCAGCAGUGAAAGCACAGCCAUCGAGAUCAUCCUGCGGCACAGCAAGCUGAUCUCAGAAGCCAUCAAGCAGCGUGCAGACCUGGAAGAUUUGGCUCCAGGGGAAGCAGGACUUGCAGAGGCAGUGAAAGAGCUGCUGAGUAUUUCUGCUCAAAAAGAGAACUCGGAGGCCUCCUUGAGAGCGGCUCUGAGCACAGUGCAAGAGAAGUCUGUCCCAGCCAUCAAGAUCUGUCAGCUGCUAUGCAGUGUUCACGAGUCCUUCCCGGAGCUACAGCCAGUGAUGCAGGAGCUGGGACAUGUGGGACUCCUGACUGAGGGAAGCGGGGAGAAACCUGGGAUCAGGAAGUGGAAGGUGAACAGUGAAUCCCAGGUGGAAGCUCUGGACAAAGAGGAGGACAAGGUGGGAGGUGCCGUGGCCAAGGAAGCAAAGCAACCUCAGGAGAAAGCUUCUUCCAAGAAGAGUUUUGUCUGCAAAGCCUGUGACAAGAGCUUCCACUUCUACUGCCGCCUAAAGGUGCACAUGAAGCGUUGUCGGGUGGCCAGAGGAAAGCAAAUCCAGUGUAAGGAGUGCAGCGAGGUCAAAACAACAAAGAAGGAGCUCGAGAAGCAUCAGCUGGAGGUCCACGGGGCUGUGGUGCCAGCCAAGAAGAAGAAGCGGCUCCCGGUGACGUGUGACAUCUGUGGCCGGGAGUUUGCUCAUGCCUCAGGAAUGCAGUACCACAAGCUGACGGAGCACUUCGAUGAGAAGCCGUUCUCCUGCGACGAGUGCGGGGCCAAGUUUGCAGCCAACUCCACGCUGAAGAACCACCUGCGGCUCCACACCGGGGACCGUCCCUUCAUGUGCAAGCACUGCCUCAUGACCUUCAUGCAAGCCUCGGCCCUUGCCUACCACACCAAGAAGAAGCACUCGGAGGGGAAGAUGUACGCCUGCCAGUACUGCGACGCCGUCUUCGCCCAGUCCAUCGAGCUGUCGCGCCACGUCCGCACGCACACGGGGGACAAGCCCUACGUCUGCAGGGAGUGCGGGAAGGGCUUUCGCCAGGCCAACGGGCUCUCCGUCCACCUCCGAACCUUCCACAAUAUCGAAGAUCCCUAUGACUGCAAGAAGUGUCGGAUGAGCUUUGGCACCCUGCAGGAGCACCGCAAGCACAUCCUGGAGGCCCAUUCCCGGGAGUACCACCCCUGCCCGAGCUGCGCGAAGGUCUUCAGCGCCCCGUCUCUCCUGGAGCGCCACAUGGUGACCCACGUCGGAGGAAAGCCCUUCAGCUGUGACAUCUGUGACAAAGCUUACCAGCAGCUGUCAGGGUUAUGGUAUCACAACCGGACCCACCAUCCUGAUGUCUUUGCAGCUCAGAAUCACCGCUCCUCCAAGUUCUCCUCCCUGCAAUGCAGCUCCUGUGACAAAACCUUUUCUAGCACUGCUGCGCACCGAAAGCAUGUCAAGGAGGAGCAUGCAGAUGUGAAGUUCCACGAGUGUGAGACAUGCAAGGAGGUCUUCCCCACACUGGCUCUCCUGCAGGUCCACAUGAAGUGCAAGCACUCAGGGGCCCUGCAACACCACGCCACCGCGGAGCACUCCGGGCAGAUGGAGAGCACCCUCAGCUGCGGGAUCUGCGGGGAGCUCUUCACCUCUCAGGGCGAGCUGGAGGGUCACUACAGCGCUGAGCAUCCCAACGUUGUUUUCACAGAAGCCCAAGCCACCACAGCCCAGAUUGUGCAGGUGAUUCAGACAUCAGAGCAAGGCACAGCGGAGCACAUCAUCUCCUUCGACGAGACCCAGUUUGCCGGCUCCCAAGUCUUUGUGACGUUGCCCGAUUCACAAAUGAGCCAAGCUGGCUCGGAGUUGGUGGCGGUGACUAUGGAAGAUUUGUUUGAUGACAAGGUUACUCUCAUUUGUGAAGAAACCAAAUGAGAGUGAAGAGCAAGUACUCACGCGUGGCCUCAGGAGUUCGCUGGGUUAGUACAAAAUCCAUACGUGGCUGUGCUGCUUCGGCAGUGAGACUCAGGGUUUCCUUGGAAAAGCAAUCCCAAGAUGUGCAACACUGACAAAAAGAAAUGACAUGCAGCAAACGUUAUGGCCGAGGACAGGAGAGGUUUGCAGAUGUUCACGUGGGCCUGGAAAACUCUUCCUUCCCCUGCAGUCAGCCGCUGCUGGCUCUGGUGAGCUAGACCACUCGGCCUUCCUAGCUCAGGAAAAAUAAAAAACAGGAGGAAAAAA